AUGACGGUAGGUGAUAAGCAAAAAUGGACUGCUUCCAAUGUCCGUUCUACGUUUUUGGAUUUCUUCGCUGAGCGGAGCCACAAGUUCGUGCCAUCUUCUCCAGUGGUGCCAUACGAUGACCCCACGUUGCUCUUUGCUAAUGCGGGUAUGAACCAGUACAAGCCUAUCUUUUUGGGCACUGUCGACCCAUCUUCCGACUUCUACACUUUGAAGUGCGCGAUGAACUCUCAGAAAUGUAUCAGAGCUGGUGGUAAGCACAACGAUUUGGAGGACGUUGGAAGAGACUCUUACCACCAUACCUUCUUCGAAAUGCUGGGUAACUGGUCGUUUGGCGACUAUUUCAAGAAAGAAGCCAUCGCCUACGCCUGGGAACUUUUGACCAAGGUUUACGGAAUUCCAGCCGACAGACUGUAUGUGACCUACUUCGAAGGUGACGCAAAACAGGGACUCGAGGCCGACACAGAAGCUCGCGACUUCUGGCGCCAAGUGGGUGUUUUGGACGAUCACAUCUUGACUGGUGACGCCAAGGACAAUUUCUGGGAAAUGGGUGACCAGGGCCCAUGUGGACCUUGUUCUGAAAUCCACUACGACCGUAUCGGUGGCAGGAACGCGUCCUCUUUGGUCAACAUGGACGACCCAGAUGUUUUGGAAAUCUGGAACAUCGUGUUCAUUCAGUACAACAGAGAACAGAACGGGAAACUAAGACCUCUUCCCGCUAAGCACAUUGAUACAGGUAUGGGAUUCGAAAGAUUGGUGUCUGUCUUGCAAGAUGUGAGAUCGAACUAUGACACGGAUGUGUUCCAGCCUUUGUUUUCGCGUAUCCAAGAGAUUACUGGUGCUAGAGCCUACUCCGGUAAGUUUGGAUCCGAAGAUGUGGAUGGUAUCGACACUGCUUACAGAGUCUUGGCCGAUCACGUCCGUACCUUGAUGUUCGCAUUGGCUGAUGGCGGUGUUCCUAACAAUGAAGGCAGAGGUUACGUCUUGAGACGUAUCCUGAGAAGAGGUGCUCGUUACGCCCGCAAAUAUCUAAACUACCCUAUCGGUAAUUUCUUCUCAACAUUGGCCCCAACUUUAAUUGAGCAAACGAAAGCAAUGUUCCCUGAAAUUGCCAAAGACCCAAGCUACCUGUUCGAGAUCCUUGACGAAGAAGAGGCUUCUUUUGCCAAGACGCUAGAUAGAGGUGAAAAGCUAUUUGAAAAAUACGCUCAAGCUGCCCUGCAAACUGAAUCUAAGACUUUGGAUGGUCUUCAGGUUUGGAGACUUUACGAUACCUAUGGGUUCCCAGUCGACUUGACAGAAUUGAUGGCCGAAGAGCAAGGCUUGAAAAUCGAUGGUCCUGGUUUCGAAAAAGCGAAGCAGGAAUCUUACGAGGCUUCUAAGAAAGGUGGGAAGAAGGGUGCUUCCGAUUUGAUCAAAUUGGACGUUCACGGACUCUCGACUUUGAACUCAGAAAAUGUUCCUAAGACUGAUGACUCUACGAAGUACACGUCUGCUAACGUCGAAGCCACUGUGUUGAAGAUUUACGAUGGCGAAAUCUUUGCCUCUGGUAUCAGCGAAGUCGGCAGCCAGUAUGGUGUAAUCUUGGACCAAACCUGUUUUUACGCCGAGCAAGGUGGACAAGAGUACGACGUUGGUACUUUGGUGAUCGACGGUUCUACUGAGUUUAAGGUGGAAAAUGUACAGCUGUACAAUGGUUACGUGUUUCACACAGGUUUUCUUGCUGAGGGUCAACUAAACGUCGGGGACAAAAUCAUAGCCUCGUUUGACGAGCUUCGUCGUUUUCCUAUAAAGAACAACCACACCGGUACUCACAUUCUGAACUUUGCUUUGAAGGAGGUCCUUGGGGGCGAGGUUGAUCAAAAAGGGUCUCUGGUUGCUCCUGAGAAGCUCAGAUUUGAUUUCUCUCACAAAAAGGCGCUGUCAUUGGAAGAAGUAGAAAAAGUUGAGAACACCUGCAACAAGCAGAUCAAGGCCAACCUGCCAGUUUAUUACAAAAACGUUCCACUUCAGUUGGCUCAACAAAUAUCUUCCGUUCGCGCGGUCUUCGGUGAGACAUACCCAGACCCAGUACGUGUCGUGUCAGUGGGCAAGCCUGUUGACGACUUGUUGGCUAACCCAUCUAGCGAUGAGUGGCAAAACUACUCGGUAGAGUUCUGCGGUGGUACUCACGUCAACAAGACUGGUGACAUCAAAGAGUUCGUGAUUACCGAGGAAAGCGGGAUUGCCAAAGGUAUUCGUAGAAUUGUUGCUGUUUCCGGCACUGAAGCUCACGAAGUUCAAAGAAUAGCGUUGGCCUUCGAUGCUGAACUAACGGCUGCCGAGAAAAUGUCGUUUUCACCUCUGAAAGAAAAGAAACUAAAGGAACUUGGUGUCCAGCUGGGCCAGUUGAACAUUUCUGUUCUUUCUAAGAACGAUCUGAAGAACAAGUUCGCAAAGGUUGAGAAGGCUGUUAAAGACGAGCUCAGAUCUCGCGCCAAGAAAGAGAUCAAACAGACUGUGGACGAAGUCAAGAACUUCUUCGCUGAAAAUGAGUCCGCUCAGUUCUUGGUCAAGUACGUCGAUAUUCCAACCAAUGCCAAGGCCAUCACCGAAGCAGUAAACUACAUCAAAACGUCUGCCAAGGACAAAUCGAUCUAUCUGCUGAAUGGUAGCGAAAAAGUUGCUCACGGGUGCUACAUUUCAGACAGCGCGCUUGAGAAGGGUGUUGUUGGUCGCGAUUUGUUAGAUGCAAUUUCUCGCAACAUUGGUGGUAAGGCCGGUGGUAAAGCCAACGUCUUCCAAGGUGUUGGUGACAAACCAGAAGGAAUUGAAAACGCUGUCAAAGAAGUUUCUCAACUUUUGCAAGAGAAGCUUUCGAUUUAA